AUGGAGGCUACAAGGGUGGUCAAGGAUUUUCCCAGCAUAGUCCCCCGUGGCAUCUGCGACUACGCUAUCUCUCACAAGAAUAAGGCUUGGCAGGGUUAUGCAGCACUAGAGGCGGCAGCCUUCGCCAAGGAUCUGUUCUCGAUUGUGCCCUCAGGGAACAUCAACCAGCCCUUAGAUCCCAAGUGGCUCUUUCAUCUAGACGCGAUUCGACUAGCGCCCGUUGGACUGAGGGAGCUUUGCGUCGGCGAGAUAGGCUUUGGUGGGCAGGGAUACAUUCAUGGAUCGGCAGUGGCCCGGCCCAGGGACUCGCACGACACUCAAACAUCACAGGAACUCAGAGACCAGCGCCGGGAGUUGAGCAGGGCAAUCGAGAACAACAGUUGGAGACGACCUCAAGGGGUCCUUGACGCUGCGACGGAGACAAAACUUGCCAAAUUCAUGGUUGACUGUGACCCGGACACGGCGCGCACUUUACUCCACUAUCCGGCUAUGAGCGGAAUCUGGGAGCCGCUUCCCCGGCUCGUCGAGAUUGGGUUUCGCGUCGACAAUGGUGACUCUGGCUGGCAGACGCCCCUUCAUCUGGCUGUGUUGCGAGGUCAUUGCAAAGCCACGAAUGUCCUCGUCCGCGACUGCCACACCAAGGUCCACAUGAAGGAUACCCAGGAUCUUUUCCUCUAA